AUGUUCAGCUGGCUUGGAACCGACGACAGGAGGAAGAAGGAGCCAGAAGUCUUUCAGACCGUCAGCGAUGGACUGAAGAAGCUGUACAAAACCAAACUCCUUCCUCUGGAGGAGAGCUACAAGUUUCAUGAGUUUCACUCUCCGGCUUUGGAAGAUGCAGACUUUGACAACAAGCCCAUGGUCCUCCUGGUGGGACAGUACUCUACCGGCAAGACCAGCUUCAUACGGUGAGACACAGAAGCACACACAUGCACAGACAGCCGUUCUUUAAACAUGUUUAUUACAAAUUUCAUGUAGAAAAGUUAGAUCUCACAAACACAUGAGGCAGAAGCCACCAGAUAGAUAGGAUGGGAGAGGCUGACACACCCAAACUGACUUUAUUGUCUCUGUUAAACAAGUAAGUCAUGAAGCAUACACAAUCGUCUUGAAAAACAAAAUUAAAAACACAUGAAUAUUUUAAAAAAGGACAGCAAAACAUGCCAACACUAAACACAAGUAAUCUAACGGUUUGGAGCCACACCUAUGCCGGCUUUAUUGAAUCCAUAAAAAAGUUUAUGUGACAGCAAACAUAACACACACACACAUAUGAAAACUUCGUACAACUCUGCUUGGCACUAAAGGGUUUCUUUUAUGAAGUGUGUCUGUGCAUCCAUGUGUGUGGGUUUAAAGAAUUAAAGCGACACAUGUACUUAUUUCACAUCAGGGUGUGUUCUUGGGAUGUACUUCAUAAAACUCCCUCUGUUUUUAAUCUGUUAAAGAUCCCAAUAAACUCUAUGAAAGUAACGAAAUGUGUGAUUUAAAGGAAGGAUGAAGCAAAAAUCAGCGUUUGCCUGCUUUAUAAUCUCUGGCAUAUUCCAGAUUUGCUAAAUAGGAGUCAAUCCAGAUCUUACUUUUUUGUUAAAGGUGCAAAAUUCAACCCUAAUGCUGCAAAAAUAGAGAGCUCUCAUUUAAAUUUGAUAACUAAUCUAUUCUUAUAACCAUCUAGCUUAAAAGUAAAGUUGAGUGAGAGCUCAUGUCCUUAAAUAUCUCUGCUUUUGGCGUCUGUGUGUAUGUGUGACAGCAGGACAUAUUAACAGCUGAGUGUUGGGCCUCUUUUGAAGGCUUCCACUAACAUCUUCCCCCUCUCACAAACACCCACACACACACACGAACACACAUGCACACUCGCUUAGAGUAAUUAGUGAAGCAAGGCUUUCAAAGCCUGCGAGAGGAUGCUGUUAGUGGCUUCCUGCUGGAAGACAGACGAGCUCCCUCUUCUUCUCCCUCUGGGUUUUAUUCUCACUGAUCCACUGUCUUUCUCUUCAUUUUUUCUAAUAUUACUGUUUCUCUAAUGACAACACCCACCAGUCAGCAGCCUGACCUCGCACCACCGACACUCUAGCAGUGAGAUGCAGAAUGUACAAACUGCUGAGUAACCCACUGUCGGGGCUGCUGCGCUCACAGCAUCUCUUUUGAAUGAGGAAGUGAGGCGGUGUUUGCAGCGAUACAACCACGGUUCUUAUCUUAUCAUUUUACAUCUGAUGUGAAAACUUGAAAUAUAUGAUCUGUAUGUGUGUGUGUGUGCGCGAGUUAGAGACAGAGUGUAUUCUGAGUCUCUCUUCUCAGGCAGUCAGUUAGAGGUCAGUUAUCUGAAGCUGUCUUCAUUUCAGGGCAAAAAUUGAUCGAUUUUCCACUUUUGUUCCACUUCUGAGUCUUGAAAUGAGCAAAUCAUCACCCGGCUGAAGGUUGUCCUUAAAUUCACCGGACUGUUGGAGAUGUAAUGUUCUGGCUCAUAGCCUUUAAUGCACUUGGGUCAGGAAUCAGCAGAAUGGUGCCAUAUAAUCCUGAUAGCUUGUGACUAAAUAUGACGAGGGGCCUUAAAUAUUAUGCAGUUUGCUGUGAACUCAGAUAGAAAUAUUGUUGUUUAUUACCAGGGAUGUCCUGAUAUGAUAUUAAUAACAGAUAUAGGUCUGAUAUCAGCUAAAAAAUGAAUAUCGGAUUAUAUCGACCUCUAAAAUCUUCGACAUCAGCACUCCAAUACAAGUAAUCCUAUCAUGUAGAGUCCAUGUUAUCACAACAACAGUGUGUACUAAGGUACUAACAAAAUAGCAGGGAGUAGGAGUGAUGUCGGCCAUGUGGCAGUAUUUUUUGUUUAAGUCUGUAAAAGACAUUGAAGAUGAGUGCAAAACUUGUCAUGCGGAAGUCUGUGCUAAUAUCAGAUCAAUAUUGGUAUCAGCAAAUACUGCAGGCUACAAUCUCGGUAUUGUAUCGGAAGUAAAAAAGUUGUAUCAGGACACCCCUGUUUAUUACCUUUUUGUAAUAGAAAGCUAUGUCCAAGGGGAAUUCUCUGCUAACAGAUAGAGAACUUGUGUUUCAGUCAACAACGUCCGACUCAACUGAAUUCAAAAGUGUGUAAUCUUAAUGGUGUGUACAAAAUAAGAGUCACUUUGCCUCUUUAGCAACCGGACUUACAAGUAUUCAGGAUAUUAUUGGCAUAAUAAUGGUAUUGGGAGAUACCUAAAUAUCUACCAGUAUAAGUAAGAUGGCACUUCUGCACACAAUGAGCUUUUAAAAGAAACAGACAGCAGAUACAUUAUUUAAUAUCUACGUUUAGAAACAGUCCAGUGUUUAUACAUCUAUUAGAAAGAAGUUUUAAAUCUCAAACCCACAAGAGUGUUUCAACUAGGGUUGCACCGAUCCGAUAUUUGGAUCAGAUAUCGGCUCCGAUAUUGACAAAUUAACUGGAUCGGAUAUCUGAUGAAUGACACCGAUCAAGCGUUCUGAUCUAGUCUUUUUUUUUUCUUUUAACUAAUACCAUACACGGCAACACAGCGGUUCUGUUCGCUCUAUAUUCUAUGUCUGUCUAUCCUUUUGCACUAUGUUAAUUUGUUACCCUUUGUUUUAACAAGGCUAAUGUCAAGCCUGAUGCCUUCACUCACAGGGCAUGAUAUACAGUUCAUUCAUUCAACAGUAGUAUUGGAUCGGUAUCGGAUAUCAACCGAUACGCUCAUCUCAGGUAUUGAUAUCGGACUGGAUGGAAAAAAAUGUGUCGGUGCAUCUCUAGUUUCAACACAGCUUAUAUCACAAUCAACAUUUUCCAACUCACUUAAUGCAAAUACCUGAACAUAAAUCAAUACACAGCCCCUUCAGGAACUUGGGUACUUAAAGGUAAAAUGCUCUGAAAGAACCUAGCAGGUAUGUCACUGUUAUAUUUUUAAUAAAACAUCAAGACAUGGUUCCUGCUGAAAUUCCCACUUCAAUAUAUCUCAAAGUCCCCUGCCGCUGAUGUUUAUGAUAUUAAACAUAUACUCUUCUACUGUUGCAUAACCUCCCCACAGACCUCCACACACUGACAGACAGACAGUACACAGACACGUGUGCAGAGAGACAGCUCUGCCAGGCACUGUUGGCUCCCCCCGACAAGGUGUGUGUGUGUGAGUGUGAGUGCACCAUCCUCACAUCUGGUAGCGGUUAAAAUGUAAACACACCCCACCGUCUCAUAGCAGAGAUUUAUGGCUUCUUAAGUUGGAAGUGUUUUACCUAAAUCUCUUUUUGUCAGGGCUGUGAAACUCUACAGAAACACACUUAAUCUUCAUUUGCACCGCUGAUUUAACAGAUAAGGAUUUAACCUUCCUUACCUGAAGCGUAUCCGCGCUUAUAACUCAGCAGUAAGUGAUGAGGUUGAAAGUGGGCAUCGGUGUUUGAACACCAUAUCUAUUUGCAGUGAAAGAUAUUAAACCAUUUGACCUUCUGGGUCAUCUUUCGGGGUCCCGUGUUUGGAAAAUGCCAAGUCAAACCAAACAUGAGUGUAGUGUUUGGGUGUCUGCCCCUUAACCUUGUUCACCUCAGUCAGCUGUUUUUCAUCAUUAGUGAACAAAACAAGAGUCUGACGUGCUCGUAAAUUCGAUCAUCCCUCUUGUUUGCACCAGCAGGACUCCAACCAUUUCUAAUGCAUCUACUUAUUUGUCUCCUGAGUCUGGUUUUGAGUAGGAAAACUAUACCAAGAUCUUUACUGAAUUCCCUGAAACCAUUUGAUUCUUCAGAUACUGGAUUCAAGAAAGUACUAAAGACACAUUAUGAUACUGGUGCUUGUUUAAGGUCAGUGUCCUCCUCAUGGACCACUGUUGUAGGUCCAAAAUCUACAUCUGUGUCCGUCGUUGACCCCAAGAAGCAUUGAUUCAGUCUCUUUAAUAAUUAGAAGUGUCUGUUUUAUCAAGUUACCUCAGAUCAGUUCUUAAACAUGACAAAUGUUGUACCACAGUACCACAAUACCUCUCCUUUCGGACAGAUCUUUGAUCAUUUUGCUCCACCUUUGGCAAAUUGCCUCCUCCUUUAUCUCAAUAAACCUCAAAAUCUUCAUCCAGAAAAAUUAAAUCAAACCUUAUGCUGCUGAGUUUGGAGCAUUGGCUCUUAUUGUGCUGAUUACGUGCUGUAUUUCCCUCCACGUUGUUCCAGCAGCUUCUAAUUCAAGGCAGACCUGUUUUUUUUGUUUCUUUGUUGUUGGUAUCUGAACUGCUUCUCACCAUUUAGAGUCAUUUCCUUUGCAGCGUUGUUGAUUGAAAAGUCCCUCUGCAGGAGCUUUUUAAUCUAUCAGGUGACUUUCAGGACUCCAUCAACUCUAAGGAGACUAAAAUAAAGUCUUUUCUUUGUUGUGGAAAAUAUGGAGAGCACACAUGUAAAAGCCAAUCUCCUUCAUAGUCAUUAUCUGUUUUAAUGUCACCUCAUGUAAUAGCUACCAGGGGUGUCCCGAUACAAUAUUGAUAUCGGGUAUCAGUAGGGCUGGGCGAUAAAACAAUACCGAUAUGUAUCUAAAAUUAAUUUCCCUUAAUAUCAAGUUAAAACAUGGUCAAUAUCCUUUUGAAUAGUCUGCAUUCUGCCAUGUUUUAGCAGACUGUACGAAUAGCCAAUGAAAAGGGGAGUUGCUCCGGGUCCACUUCGUGCUGAACUAAUCAUGUGCUGAAUUAGAACCAAGUAGCAAACAACUGCGAAGAAGCAAGCUGCAGCUACACGCAACCACAGCACAGCACUGUCAGUAAGAAAAAAAGAAAAUGAGUGCUAUCAAGUAGAGUAAUGUGCUCUGCAAAUUAUGUCGAAUACAUGUUCUCGCAAAGUCGGGAAAUACCUCAAAUCUUUUUCAUCACCUGAAGCAGUGCACACGGCAGAGCACAUGCAUCAAUAUCGGUAUCAUAUCGGAGGUUGAAAAGUUGUAUCGGUACACCCCUAGUAGCUGCACAAUGUCCUCUUUCAAGUUGUUGGUUAUCUCGGGUAGCAUCUCCUCAUCUCCUCGGUUGUUUGACUCAAUGCCAUGUCACACCAUCUCCCCUACAGCUACCUGUUGGAGCAGGAUUUUCCUGGAAUGCGGAUCGGCCCUGAACCCACCACGGAUUCCUUCAUCGCAGUGAUGCACGGCGACACUGAAGGUGUCAUCCCUGGCAACGCUUUGGUGGUGGACCCCAAGAAGCCCUUCAGGAAGCUGAACGCAUUUGGGAACGCAUUCCUUAACAGGUACACACACAAACACACAAACACAUACAAACACAGUAGAUGAAAUGCAGCGAUGGCAGAUGUUGGGUAUCUUCUGAGGGUGUGUACGUGCUGAAAAUACAAAGCGAUGUCAGUGGUUAAGUGCUCGAACACAGAAGGGAAACUCUGAGGAAGAGCGUGGAGAAGAAAGAGGGAGUGAGAGUACUAGUGAGAAUCCACACCAGAGCUCUACAUUCCUAGAUGAUUGAAUUUCCCUCUGCUCACUGGUCAGGCUUUUCUCUUUUAAUGGCUGUUUGUGAGAGAGAGAGGAAGACAGGAAGAAGGAGAGAGAGAGCGAGAGAGAGACGAGCAGUGAUCUCUGCAGAGUCAUCCUUCAGGAAAGAGAAAGACUGACCCAAAGAGUCUGCACUCUUGCUGCGGUGUCCUCACUGUGAGGGCCUAGCACUGCUAAAAGGAGACAGAGGAGACACUGACUGUGUCCUGGGGGUUCACAGUGAGGACGACCCAAACCUGUUGGUAUUGAUACAGCUGCAGACAGACAGACAGACAGAGAGAGAGAGAGAGAGACAGAGCAGCAGAGACAGAGAAGAGGAGCGAGGGAGGAUGUUUGUUUUUAAAACAGUUUACACUUCUGUCAGCUUUCUUUUAACUCUCCUCUCUUCUCCUCAUGUGUGUGUGUGUGUUUAUGUGUGUGUGUUUAUGUGUGUGUCUCCUUGACUCAGGUUUGUGUGUGCCCAGCUGCCUAACCCAGUGCUGGAGAGCAUCAGUGUGAUUGACACACCAGGAAUCCUGUCUGGGGAGAAACAGAGAAUCAGUCGAGGUAAGACACUCACACUUUUACCUCCCCUUGUUUGUGUGGACUAGUCCGUGUGUCUGUGUUUGUGCGUGUGUGUGUGUGUGCACGCACGUGUUUGUGUGUGUGAAUGGAGUUUGCCAGUGUUCUUUCACUGGACUCAUUCAGCUGCAGCCCCCUCAUCCCGCUGAACUCCGAACAAGCAUGUCAGCACUUCCUUUGGUUUCAUCUGUGAGUGUGUGUGAGUGUGCGUGCGUGUGUGUGUGUUUAUUUUAGCUCUUAGCUAUCAGGAGGAUUAUGGCUCAUUCAUUUCAAAGAACAGGAAGCGGUAACAGAAAAGCUCUGAAUGCGCUCUCUCAUAAACACACACGCAGACACACACACACUCACACACACAGGGAUGGUCACAGAGAAUAUUUUCACAUAAGUUUCAUUGAUGAUGUUAAAACAGAGUAAAAAAUUAAAUUAGCUAGUUUAUGGAGGAAGUGUUUAAGGUCGAGGUCGAGUUUCACUUCUAUUUGCUAACUUCUAAAAACACAGACUCGAGACUGUAGACUUAAGUUCUACUCAGCUGUCCGCUCCUUUUAAGAUGCGGUCCCACCUCCCUUAGAUUAUGCUGCGUUCGAGUUACCUCGAAAGUCAGAUGUCUGAGCUGGGAAUGACGUCACACCCGAGUUACCAGCAUUUCAGUUACCAAGUUGGAAAAAAGUCAUCUUGUUUCCGCCUCCGAUUUUGCUUUUUUCCGACUUGGUGACGGGUGACGUCACUCUUCCGAGGCAACUCGAACGCAUGACACCAGCAAAAAUGCCAUUUUUCCAACUACUAAUUACUUGCCAUUCAGUACAACUUUAUCUUUAUUGGACAGCAUUUCAGGCCUGUAAUGAUAAUUAUUGAUGUAUUGCUGUCAUGUUUUUUCAACGGGAUAGUAACUGGCAAUCCUGGCGCCAACUAGUAAUGGUAAGGAUUAAUAACCCUAAAUGCCAUUAGGGUUUUCACUAUUUUGAUCAUGUCUUUAUUUUGUGUCAGUUAGCAAUUUUAAGCUGUGAGUAGCCAUAGAAAUGCACGUUUUUAAAGACAUCUGUACUAGCUGUCCUCAGCACAUCUAGUAAAAGUCACAAUAAACACUGUUAGAAUAUGAACCUGUUUUGAGGUAAACAUGUUAUUUUUUGAGUGUCUGGGUUGGUAAUAAUAAGACAUGUCAACCAAUAAAUUUCAAACCUCCCACUGAAAGGUGAAAUAAUCAAACUAGGAUGGACAUUCUUUGAUAAUUCUCAUGAAUCAUUGUAUUUAAAAGACUCAAUAUAACAGCAGAGAGAUCCCAGUGUUGCUGUUGGACUGAACACGGUGAUGAAAGAGUGAAGUUUAGAGGUGAAAGGCUCACAAGAAUUUUCUCCCACCUUUUCUCACACUUUGAUAAAGUGUCCGGUGAGGCUGGCAUUCCCAAAGCUGCGUGCUGGCAUCGCCAUAGCAACCGCUUACAGUAACAAAAGAGCAGGAAGAAUUAAAGGACACCUUUAUUUAUUCACUCCCUGUUUCCCUCCCUCCAUCUCUGAAUUCCUCCCUUGUUUCCUUCCCUAUUUAUCCAGCAGUUUGUUUUUGUUUGCUCUCCACUAAAACAGCCAGUCUGAAAUGAAACAGGCACUUUUUAAUGUUCUUAUGCAUGAAUACCUUAAAUAUCUCCACUUUUAAUUCAAAUGUUAAGGUCUUUUCAUGCUGACAUCCUCUUUUUUUAGAGUUUGCUUCAAGCAGCUGUGUUCCUCCACAGCUCUUUUUCAUAAACUCUCGCUUGUUGAGAGAAUAAAAUGGAUAAACAUACUUCUGGAUUUCCAAAGGCAGCACAUUGUGGUCGCCCGAGUUCAGCACAUUACUUCAUAGCAGGGUUGGGUCUUGAUUUAUCCUUGUCAUGCAAACAUAAUUUCUGUAACUUUUUCAGUUUCAGAGGAAAAAUACACAAGAUAAAUAUUCUGCGAGCACAAACAGUGUUUUACAUUUUGUUUACAGAUGGAGGUAAUUUGAUUGUUACUGACUCCCAUCAGCUCUGUUCCUCUUUCUGUUUGUUUAGUCAAAGUCUGUGAACAUGUUGUCAAACCAAAUAAGCAGCAGAGUGAGGUGUGACCCUGCUAUUGUCUGCUGGAUAUAAAAUACAGGCCAACAUGAACCUCUACUGAGUCAGCACAGCUGUGUUGUCUCUAGAGAGAGAGAGAGAGAGAGUGUGCGUGUGUGUGUGUGUAUGAGAGUGGUGGAGCUUUUGUUUGUAUGUAUUCACUGUUCGUCAUCUGUUUUCAUUAAACUCCAUCAGUUUUUUGCAUGUACACUUUGUGUUUUCAUUUGUCGUCUUUUGUUCAUUUCACUCAGUUUGCAUUGUUUCACCUCUGUGUUUGUGUGUGUUCGUGUUUGUUUGUGGGGGCACAUCCAGAUGAGGAGUUGUCAGGCUAUAGCUGCCUGCAUAGAUGUCCUUAUGGAGGUAUUGAUUACGGAAAAAAACAACAACUGUAAAUCAGCCAGCUGCAGAAAACCUGAUUAAAGUGAUACUUUGGAGAAUUAAUGGACUUUAACAUGUUCUUCACUCGACUCCUGUCAGAUGGUUUGGGGAAAAAUAUAUGAAUGUAAGCGAGAGAAUUGAACGUUUUAGUCGAAUUCAUCACGUGAACACGGGACAUAUAGAGUCCCAGCCACUGCACUAGCCACCAAACAUCUUUUUAACUUUGCCUAAUUUCUUUAGUAAAGAGACUAAACACAACUCACCCACUCUCUUCCAGCAGCCGCUUGUUUGUAGCAGGACCUCGAGCCAGUCCAUUGUUUAUUACCGCUGUGUAUUGCUAUUGUGGGGUCAUUACCAAAGUUGGUAUAACUAGAGAAGCAAGUGGUCUGCAACAUUAAUCUCUCGAGGGGGUAUCUAACCCGAUGUUAUGAUGUGUUUGACCCUAAAUUAAUUUUACACCAGAAUAUCCCUUUAAGUUACACCCCUAAAGCCUGAUAUGGCCAUAGAGACAGCUUGAUCUCUGUUUACAGAUUCGACAUUAAAAACUGGAAUCUGUCAGUGAUGGUCUGGAUAACAAUCCAUCCAAGAAAGAAUUUCAACUUUAGGAGCAAGUUUGCUUUUUUCACAAAAGCCAAUCAGUUUUUAGAUUUUCUGACUUCCUUGAAUGCACCUCAUUAGAUCGAUAUGACCUUCAUUCACUGAAGGAGAAACUGUUUUGGCCAGAUAACCACAAAAAGAUCAUUUCCUAUUUCAUGGUCAAAAUCAGCCACAAUGAAGUCCUGUAUGACUUAGUUUUACCUGUUAAACUGAGACUCACCAGACUUGGAUGAACAGAUACUGUGUUUGUUUUACAGGCAACUUUAAGGGUCCAGUCUCAGGUUACUUACUCAAUUGUAAACAGAGCACCACAUGGAAAAGAAAGUCUUGUCUGAAAGUUGAUAGCCGCUCCCCGCUGGCUCCACAUGAGGGUUCAGGGUUACAGUGAAGCUCUCAGUCACAUUUUUUCCCCAAACCAAGAGAAGAACAAUCCACUUCAAUUCACAAUAUCAAGGUAUCUGUCUCUCUGCUUAUAAUCCACAACUAUGCUUAAAUCAGCAGUGUACCCUCAGGAAGAAACAGCUUCAUUCAUUAAAUAAUGUGUUUUACAUACUUUGUGCUACAGCUGCUAAACUUUUGCUCACGUCCAAAUAAGGACAUGACGAAUAAUCAACUAAUUAAACAACAAAAAAGGGCAAAAUCAUCGAUCGUCUGUUGAGAGAAGCAGUAGUGUAGCUGCUGUAGCAAGAGCAGUAUGUAAAAAGAGGUAUAUUUUUUAACACAGCUGAGCUCUUACAGUGAGGUCUGUGAAUAAGGACAGAGGACCUGUGAGUCAGACUAAGAUAUUCAAACUUGAAGAUUUUAUGAUUUGAAAGGAGAAAUUUUCUUUUCUCAUCAUAGCUCUUUGGAAAAAAUACUUGCCUUUCAUCGUGUUAACUUAAAUCCACUAAUGUCAUACAGCUUUAUAACAAAAAAGCGAUUUUAUUUCCCACUCUAACAGGUUAACCUCUCUUUUCAUUUUCUGUGUGUCGUUUGGAAGUUUUAGCCCAGAACUCGCUGUCCUGUCUCUUGUUUCUUUGUUCCCCUCUCAUACUCUGUGAAAUUUCCGCCCGGUACGAGUCCGUUUUGUCCUUGUGUGGGAGAGAAAGUCAGAGGAGGAAAAUGAUGUCCUCCUGCUGACAGCCUUAAUCACUGAUUCAUUUAUUCAUGCAUUAUGGAGGAAUUUGCAGAGGGAUUUACUCAUUCAUGCAUUUGAAGCCCACCCUUAUUCGUUUUAAAAGCUCCGGCAUGUAAAUUCUGGAUGCUGCGUCGUUAAAGAAACAAAAUCUCAGCCAGAUAAGAUGAGGAAUCAUUAGUGUUUGCGCUUUCUCCUCUCAUUAUUCAGCUUUAUAAAUCCACUUAGUUGAGCCCUGGCUGCACCGCCUCCGUCUGUAAACACACAUUCUUUUCUCUCAGCAUGUUGUAAUAAGGGCGUCCUUCAGAUUCCCUCUUCCAUGACCUGAAGUCAGUGUAAUGGUUUUCUCUCGGGAAUAUUGCAACACCACAGCUGAAGUUCACGGCCCGGGUCACGGAUUAUACAUAGAGUGGAUCGUCUAUCAUUGUGAAUGUUGGUGUCACGCUAGGUUUUAGUGAUGUGGGCAGGCCGCUUCGCUGUUUAAGCUUAUAUACACUAGAAACUAAAAGGAGCUCUCACUACCGCUGUUUCUGACACGGAUAUGAGAUGGGAGCAAAGAAAAAGGAACUAUAGGAUUCAGAUUUUAUUAACUUUUCCUGUUACAUUCAAACCUCUCUUAAAUUUUCUUAAUUCUCACCUGGUCCUUUUCUUCAGGAUAUGACUUCGCAGCCGUCUUGGAGUGGUUUGCAGAGCGAGUGGAUAGGAUCAUAUUGCUCUUUGACGCCCACAAACUGGACAUCUCCGACGAGUUCUCAGAGGUGAUAAAGGCCCUGAAGAACCAUGAGGACAAGAUCAGGUACUGACAUUUGAGACAGGAGCAUUCAGUUAACAUCAACAAAUGAUUCAGCUCAUAAACUCUCCACCCUUGUUUCCAUGUUUUUUUCUCAGGGUUGUGCUGAACAAGGCUGACCAGAUAGAAACCCAGCAGCUGAUGAGAGUGUACGGUGCCCUGAUGUGGUCUCUGGGGAAAAUAGUUAACACCCCUGAGGUAAGCUGGAAAAGUUGUGUUUCAAGAAGUCAAACAGGUGACCUUGGAAGUGUGAGGCAGAGUCUGUUUCAUCAGACAAAUGGUGUUAAAAUAGUUUAUAAGACCUGAAAUUAAACCUAAAGGAAAAUACAGUCUUGACAAGGGAUUUGGGUUCGAUCCUAUUGUGUUGUAACAACAGAAGUUAUUUGUAUUGACACACGCAAAACCACUCCCAGAGUCAAAGUGUCAACAGUUACAGUCAGACACACCAACUGGUCUGUUCUUGACCAACGCAAAUAUAAGAGAUAGAAAACAGAGGUCACUUUGCAGGAAUGCAGGAAUAAAACUCGCAUUUUUAACAGACCACUCACAAAGAAGUGCUGUUGCAACAAUCGACAGUCACCUCCACCUGUCCUGGUUAGAUUCUAGGUUGUACAUGUAAUUAACUAGUGAGGGUUCUUCUGGAGUGCUCGCCGUGUUUGGUGUUUUUCCGCCUCUGCAUCCAUAACUAGUCAAAAUACAGUUACCGUAUUUGUCAGACUAUAAGGCGCACUUAAAAUCCUUAAAUUUUCUCAAAAACUGACAAUGCGACGUACAAUUCAUAUGAUUACUUGUUGUGCUAACUAGCCGAUUUUUUGAGAAAUCUGUUGAAAUGUGUAAGUGCGACUCUGGCAAGCAACGAAGCCGCUCUACUCAGUUGAUAUUCAGAGCAUUACGGUAAGCUGUGUCACUACCUGAUCGGCCUCAUAACAGGACCCCUGAGCAGUCUACGAGACUGCCUGACUGUCAUGUCUAAACUAGAAGUUCAUGUAACCCAGCCCAGGCCCGAAGUACGCGCUAGCAACAAUAAACCAAGCAAUGCUUAAUGCGCCUCAUGUCUGAACAUAAGAUACAGUAAAUCAAGUAAUCAAAAUACGGUAAUCAAGUGGUGGGAAAACUGUCAUUGGUGUUUUUCCACGUAAACACACAGUAUUUGCGACUGGUGCCCACUUGUCUGUACAUCGUACUUGUGUAUUAUAUGAGACGCCACGUGAUGAAUGUACCUUUUAUGUCCUUUUUUAUCUUGUUUUUUUUCCUGCCGUUGAUUUAAUGCCUGCGUCUCUCUCUCUGACAGGUGAUCCGUGUCUACAUCGGAUCCUUCUGGUCCCACCCUCUGCUCAUUCCAGACAACAGGAAGCUAUUCGAAGCGGAGGAGCAGGAUUUAUUCAAGGACAUCCAGUCUUUACCGAGGAACGCGGCGCUCCGAAAACUCAACGAUCUGAUCAAGAGAGCCAGACUAGCGAAGGUGAUAGCUGCUGUUAUGUAACAUUGAUAUGCACAAGUCUUUGUGUGUAUGUGUGUGAUUUCUAUUCCUCUUCCCAUUACUCACUCUUCCUCCCUAUCCAGCUGUAAACCUUGACAGAAGAGGCUUGUCCCUGUCACACAGCUAAUAGAAGCAGAUAAAUGUGGCGUUUCUCCUCUCGGCGAAUUGCUUCCCGUUUCCUCCCCCUGGACAGGAAGUUAGGUAUGAGAGGCGACAGUGAGCUGCCUGUUUGAGGAAACACGGAGGAUGCACACAAACACAAACACACCGGCUUAUCAAGCUGAGUAAUGAGUGCAGUUUUCCUGUCCGACAGCUGAUAGUGUGUGCGAGCGAGCGUGUUUCGUGAUGGGCUUCAAGGACUUUUGGUGGACUCGGGGAAACACGGACACAUUCAUCACCACGGCAACAAAAAAAAAACAAAUAAUAUGGGGUCUUCCCGUCUCUUUGGCCAUCUUUAUUUGUAUUGGAUAUUAAAAACAAAUGUCAACAACAAUAUCCAGAAAGAUUUUCCUUCACAGGAGUCUUCAGUUUCCUCAGACUCGAGUUGCGACAGAUCGGAUCUUAUGAUGUUACAUUUGAGCCAUUUAUCAAAAGUCCUUCCCAAGAAAAAUGACGUAAGAAACACAAGUGUUCUUGGUUAUUUCUCCAGCCUGAGUUUGAUUCAGUUGUUUUCUUCACAUUAAGCUAUAUUGAAAGUAAAAGGAUGUCUGCCUAUGAGUUGUCCAGCUGUAUUUGUGCCUCAGUGGUCCCAUUCAACUCUCUUCCUGCGACUAAAUAUUUGAAAGUGAUCCAGCUCUGUUAAACAUCGAUUCAGCAGCUGUUAUUUUAUACACAACAUAACUCCUUUCAAACUUUUACUGACGGGAGAAAGCUUUUUUUGCGUCACAUCUUUGGUUUGUUUGGCUCUAAUGAUUUUUUUUUUUUUUUUUACUUUUUAUUUAGAUUUUUUCUGAAACAUUGAACAGUAUCUAAGACAGGAUCAGUGAUGUAUAAAAUAAAAAAAAAUAGAAAUAAUAAUAAUAAAAUAAUAAUCCCAUAACUAGGUAUUGCCACACAUGAUACAGACGUAUAUUAAAUAUCCAUUACACGUUGUAGUAAUAAGGAAAAACAAACAGGAUUAACGAAUAGACAUACAAAGAUAAAUAAAUGAAUAAAAAUAAAUGGAUAUCUAGAUAAUAAAGAAUGAAUAAAUAAUAGGAUAAUUUAAGGGAAAAAAAGGAAGAGCGGAGGAAAAGGGCAAAUUCACAUCAUGUCAGGGUUCUUCUUAAUAAGGAUUUACUCUUGUGUCUCUUCGUGAGCUAAAAUUGACUCUCAGGGGUUAUUACAGAACUUGCCAAAUCCAAAGGUAGACCUAAUGAAACGUGUAAACCUGCAGUUGGACCCCUGACCAUCUUUUAUCCUCAUACUGCAGGUCCAUGCCUACAUCAUCAGCUCCCUGAAGAAAGAGAUGCCCUCAGUGUUCGGGAAGGAGAACAAGAAGAAAGAGCUGAUCGGCGCUCUGGGAGAUAUUUACAAACGCAUUGAAAGGGAGCAUCAGAUAUCCCCUGGAGAUUUUCCUAAUCUGAAGAAGAUGCAGGUAAGCAGAGGAGAAGCUUUGGAUUCAUGAUUAUAGAUAAUAGUUCGAUAGAUAAGACCUAAACCUUUCUUUUUUUUGUCUGGUGAUUUUCCAGGACCAACUCCAAGCUCAGGAUCUCACUAAAUUCCAGCCUCUGAAGCCCAAACUCCUGGAGGCGGUGGACGACAUGCUGGCUAAUGACAUUGCUGGCUUAAUGGUCCUGGUCCGCCAAGAGGAAACCCAGCGUCCAAACCCUGUUGUGAAGGGCGGCGCGUUUGACGGCACUUUGGACGGCCCGUUCGGACAUGGGUACGGCGAAGGAGCCGGGGAAGGCAUCGACGAAGCGGAGUGGGUCGUCGCGCGCGACAAACCUGCUUACGACGAGAUCUUCUACACGUUAUCUCCUGUCAACGGGAAGGUAACGGGAGCCAACGCCAAGAAGGAGAUGGUGAAGUCAAAACUGCCCAACACAGUCCUGGGAAAGAUCUGGAAGCUGGCAGAUAUCGACAAGGACGGGAUGCUGGAUGACGAGGAGUUUGCGUUGGCUAAUCACCUGAUUAAGGUCAAACUGGAGGGACAUGAACUGCCAUCAGACCUGCCUGCACACCUGAUUCCUCCUUCCAAGAGGAAAAUACCAGAGUAA